AUGCCUGGCGCUCCCCGUUUCACCCAGAAGCCUUCGAUCAAACAGACCGCCACAGGCGAUCUGUUGAUGGAAUGCCACAUCGAAGCAGAUCCCGCUCCAAAUGUUCGCUGGAAUCAUGCCGGAACACCCAUCUCUGAAUCAUCGAGGGUUACUCUGACACUAGACAAAGAGCAAGGAUCCUUUUACAAAGCUACCCUAGUGAUCAAAGUAAGUUACAUUCACCACAAAUUUGGUUCGGUAAAACAUUUAAAAAAAUACUUAUAGGAACCCAAUGCAAAUGAUGGGGGUGCCUAUAAAUGCACGGCAUCAAAUCAGUUAGGGGAAUCAAAUGCGAAUAUAAACCUGAACUUCGCAGGUACGUUCUAAAAAAUGCCUAGAUAGUCUUGCAGGUACUGAAGAGAGAGCUGCAACCCCAAGUCAAAAAGGUCCAACGUUUGUAGGGAAACCCAGGAUCAUCCCCAAAGAUGGAGGCUCUCUCAUUUUAAUGGAAUGUAAAGUUAAGUCAAGUACAAAACCAUCAGCUAAAUGGUCGAAAGACGGUGUCCAGUUGAGUAUUGGCGGACUCUACCAGGAUGUCUUCAGCGACCUUGGAGAUGGCACCUAUUUGUGUCAGUUGGAGAUUCGGGUAACUAAAUAACCUCAUUCUAUAUCACUCUUUUAAGAAACCUACUGCUGGCGAGGCGGGCCAGUAUCGGUGCAACAUAAAGAAUGAUCUCGGCGAAACUAAUGCCAAUUUAUCCCUUAAUUUUCAACAAGACGAAGCAGCCUCAGAAGGCCGCCGUAGUCCAUCACAACCCCGUGAAGGAAAGAAGACUCCCAAGGAAGGAUCAAGACCUGGAACACCCUCCCGUAGACGCCGUGAUAGAUCAGAAACCCCAUCACGACGACACAAAUCUAAAUCCAGAGAAGGAUCUCCAAAGAAAUCAGUCAGAUCACGACCAGGAACCCCUCAGCCAGAAGAUAGCAAAGACACUUUGCAGCCCGAAGGCUCUCACUCCAGAAGAUCUUCAAAGGUCGAGGCCAUGGAAGUCGAUUCUAAUGGUAGUAAGGAAUCAAAAGAAAUCACUUUUAGAACUUAUCAGGAAUGUAAUUUUAUUUUUCCAGCAGGCAAACGGAAGAGCGAUGCAGGUCUCCCUCCGGCUCCUAAAAAAGAGCGAGGCCGAAGCCGAUCCAAGAGUCCAGCAGUACAGAAAAAAGAAUCCCAGCCAACCAAGAAACCUGUCAUUGUUCAAGAAUUGCAAAGCCAGGUAAUCGUGUCUUAUUUUUAUUCGAUUGAUUUGGAAUGUUAAUGUACUGCAGUUUUUUCCAAUGAUAUUUUAUUUGCACAUGGCUUCGAGACAAACCAUGAAAUAAAAACGCUUAAAUUAGAGAGGUGAGAGGGAGAAGAACAUUUAGAUUAUAGCUGAACCUGGCCAUUCUAUUCAUUCUCCCCACUUUUCACGUAGAAUUGCGUAGGAAGAGGGAAGCGAACAAAGUUUUCUUAGCCUGGCGGCAAAUGGCCUGAUCUCAUUUUUUGUGACUUUCAUAGGCGUUUUUAUGAAAAAUGACUCUUGAAUACUCUAAACAAACAUGAAAACAUAAAAACAUCUCAUCCGGCAUUAUAGAUCGGACAUAAUGGAGAAACCGUUCGUCUGGAAACACACAUUGAAACAACCUCUGCAACAAAAAUCACUUGGAGCAAAGACAGCACUACACUGCACUCAUCAUCUACUGAAUAUAAACAGACAUUUGAUGGGAAGCUAGCUGUUCUUCAGAUAACAAAAUUCAGCGAAUCGAAGGCAGGAAGGUAUGAAUGUAUCGCUGUGAAUGAAGCCGGAGAAAGCAGGACGUCCACAACAGUGAAAUUCGAAAAAUCGGGUAAAUAACUCACGUUUCUGCUGUGAAUGGUAACCAUAGCCAUCUUCCCAUAGAAUUGAUCUUCGAACGAGUUUCGACCAGGGGUGGCCGACUGUCAGCAGUUGUUGUGCAAUAUUACGUAGCGUUGCGCAAUUUCUCUGGCGCUACGCGUUUCGGGUCGCGACCCGCGGGGACAGCUCGGGUCGCGAUAAAUAUUAAUAUUUUCGCUUCGGGACUGGGAAAAAAGAAUUUUUUGGUGAAUUUGAAAAAAAAUUGAAAUAUUUCGCUUCGGGACUUGGGAAAAAGGAUUUUUUGAAGGAUUUGAACAAAUUUUUGAAAUGUUUUCGCUUUUAUUUGCAUACAAUCACUACGACUAUCUUCUUACUCCACUCUCUGGCACUGUCUGUUUAGAUCCCGUGCUUCCAGUUAAAACCAUAAACAAUGGAUACGAUUUUCUUAUUUGCUCGCCGCUUAUAAACACUAUUUUCCUAAAAAACUUCAAAAAUAAAGCUCAAUUCUCAAAAAAAUCCUUUUUCCCCAGUCCCGAAGCUAAAACAUUUCAAAAAUUUUUUCAAAUUCACCAAAAAAUUCUUUUUUCCCAGUCCCGAAGCGAAAAUAUUAAACGGUAUCGUUAACCCGAAAUGUCGCGACCCGAGCUGUCCCUGGCCCGAAACGCGUAGCGCCAGAGAAAUUGUGCAACGCUACAUAAUAUUGCACAACAACUUUUGACAGUCGGGAUUCGGUGCUUUUUUGCGAUUAGUCGCGCGAAUUACUAUCUCACACGCCUAACUGAAUUUUGAAAUAAAAAAAAAUUUUUUUAAGAAACUGAACUCAACGCAGAGCAACAAAGGAAAGAUGAGGAACAAAAAAGGAAAGAAGAGAUCAAACGUCGAGCCGAAGAAAGAAAAAAGGCCGAGGAAAAUAAAAAGAUUGAAGAAGCACAGAAAACAGAAGAAGCCAAGAAACGGAAAGACGACCUCCAGAAGCGCCGGACAACCUUCGCAGAUCAAGAAACUCCGGAGAAAAAGGAAUCAAAAGUAGUAAGCAUUCCCUUCUAUUUUUAAUAUAAUCGAAUCUUCGAAUAAAGUAGUAAAAUUAUCUCUUACAGAGCACCAAAAAAGCCACAGCCGAAUCAGAGGAGGUAAGUAGACAUAAUGUCAAUUACGAAUGGUUUGUGACCAGAAAAGUGUUACUCUCUAACUUCGAAGGUACAUAGUCUAAAGUUUGGAUAGGCAAAAACAAAGCUUAAAUGCGAGCAGAUUCUAGAUUUUGGUUGUAAGUUUGUUCAGUAUCCGAUAUCCUGUGAAGGGCUGGCUGCGCGAUCGGCCUGUUUUUUGGUUGAAACAAAUUAUUCUCGGUCAGAUGACGGAUUUGUUUUUACUCGGGUUAAUUGUUUUGGCUUAAUUAACUUUCAAUCCGGUGUAUGUAUUGCUCUGCGAUUUGUUGUUAGGACUGGGAUUUGCAUAUUCCUUUGUCUUCUCGGUUGAUCUUACUUGAUCCUCUUUACCUUUCUUUUUGCAAGAUUCCCGGAGGUUUUGAUUACUUUUUUCUUGUGUCUCCGCUUUGUACUUUUAACUGAUCCGGUCGUUUUUGCUCUUGUUAUUCGUAAUCUUACUUUUAUCCUUUUAAUUCUUUAAUGCCGCUGAGGUGAGCUCUUCGUUUAUUCUUGGAACCGCGCGCUUCUCGAGCUGCUCACUUUUGCACCUUUCCAAAAGUUAUUCGAACUCGGCCUUUGACCCGUUAGUUCACUGCUGAACUUUCUGGAAUUGGAAGAGAUUGCAACUGUUUUCUUAUCCUUUUGUUGGACGAUCAAAAUCUGCCUUUUUAAUUAUGACACUGGGAGAUCAAAGAGCCUCAAAGAAAGGAUGGGUUUUGAAAGAAGUUUACAGAUAACUUAAGUCAGCGCGUAAUUGCAGAGUACAAAUUUAUUCCAAAUUUAUUUUUAUUAAUCGCUAUUUUUGAAUGACCCGAAGUAGCAAUUUUUCUAUUGUUUUGGAAUCGAAAACCUUUGCGGGGUGCAUAAUCCGGCAUUUCAUAACUUACAAAUAUCUAGCAAAUCGGUCAUUCUUUGCGCUAAUCGUAAGAAUUCCGAGUCUUUGGCAAAAAUCUACAAAAAUUUACCAGGUUACACGCCAAUUUGUCUACACACAAAAAAUGGAAAAAAAUUUGUCAAAAUCGGAGUUUUUAAACUUACAAUUCCCAAUUUUUGGAACUCUUGUACUUUGAAGUACGGGCUUUCAUAAUCCGUAAAAAUUUUAAAAACGGUCCAUUUUUGUUUGAGAAAAUUUCGAUUUAAUUUUUUUUCAAAAAACAAAUUGGCGUGCAGAUUAGUCCAAUUUGACAACCAAGAUGACAAACCGAAUUUGGAUGACGGAGUUAUGCAUUGAAUUUUGGGAAGUCCGCAACAAUUUUCGAUUUGAAUUUACUCGAGAAAAAUACUGCUGCUUCGGAUCCUUCAAGAAAAAAUCAAAUUGUCGACGGAAUCUACUUGUAAAGCUUUUAACUAUGUUCAUUGGCUAGCCUGUAACUUUGCGAAAUUUCAAGCUUGAUCUUCAAAGUUUUCUGGCUGCAAAGUGAAGAAAUGUUUUCUUUGUUACCUCUUUGCACUUUUUUUGAAAUUCAUGUAUCUUUUGGUAAGUCUGACCAGCCGGUCACCUGUUCCGUGAGUCUUCACGUCCAGUGGAGGUGUUUUUAACGAGAAAUACCGGGCGGCGCAAAAGAGUGGAGAAUUACAAAAAUGGCCCGAUUUGAAUUGGCUAUAACUUCUAUCUUUUUGGGUCAAUUAAAUUUGAAUCGUGCAUUUUACGCUUUGGAAGACAAAAUGUGACGGAAUUUGCAAUUGUUUAAAAUAAUCCAAUAGAUGUAAAAAGGAAAGUUUCUUUAUGGGGGCUCCUACGUUUAGACGGGGCAGGUCAACUUUAGUAAAAAUAGUCAUUUUCCAGCUGCGAAAUAAGCCCGACCGACGAGAAAAAUCGACCGAAAGAAGUGCAAAAAUUUACACUUUCUCUUCCCUCGAAAAAGAAUAGCAGCAUGCAGUGGUUCGGUUGGCCGAGUGGAUAAAGCGCUUCCUCGGUAUCCUUUUAGAGGUUGGUUCGAUUCCAGCGCGGCUCGGAGGGCCGUAAUUAAGACUUUGAUGAGCAAAAUGAAACUCUAACAAACCAAAAAAAUUACUUUACUCUUUUUAUACGUUUUAUAGGAAAUUAGUGGACAUAUUGUAAGUCUCCGCCAAUCCUUCGUCGAGCGUUAAAAAUUAUUUUUUGAUUUUUUUUGAAAGCUCACCCGAAACAAAUUGCGAAAAAUUACCUUGAACAGUACUAAAGAAAAAAGUAACAAUAAAAAAAUGAACAGUGGUAGUUCUAAGCCUUAUCUUUUGUUUUUUUCCCCCGGUUCCGAAAGUGUCCAAAUUCCGGAAAUGUCAUGACGCGCUCUUUUGAUGGCGAUUGUAGCCUUUAAUUAAAAAAUUAUUUAACAAGGAAAGUACUUUUAUGGGGGCUCCUACUUUUUGACGGGACAUAUCUCAAAAAAUCAGAAAAAAUGUGCUGAUCAAGAAUAUAUAGAUCUUAGCUGCCCAUUUUAGGUUUUUAGGGGUGAAAACUCAGUCGGAAGUUGACUUAAAGUCCUAUAUGAACCCCUUUUCGCUUAAUUUUUUCAAAGGUUUACAAUUUUUAUUUUGGCUUAAAAUGGUGUUUAUUGAGUUUCUAUGACGUAAUAAGACAGUCUUGGCCCAAAAAUUUAUUUUUCCGACCUUCAACUUCAAAAAAGUUGAUUCAGCCCAAAAGGGAAAUCGAACCCGUGCGGCGUCCCCCCUCUUGAUUCCCGGACUACGGCACUAACCACUCGGCCACACCGCUCUCUUCCGAAGGAAGAGAUCGAGCGCUCUUUUUAUCGUUUCGAAUGUCUGCCUUUUGUAGGGAAAUUAAACCAGUUUUUGGGCAUUUUCACCCUUAAAAACCUAAAAUGGGCAGCUAAGAUUUAUAUAUCCUUGAUCAGCGCAUUUUUUCUGAUUUUUUGAGAUAUGUCCCGUCAAAAAGUAGGAGCCCCCAUAAAAGUACUUUCCUUGUAAAAUGAUGCCAUAGUCACAGAAAUUCAUGGCAAAAGCCAAAAAUAUAAAAUAUUUUUUUCGACCGAUCCUGAUGGAAAAAAAUAAAUCGAUUUUUUUAUGUACUGCAUUCUUCAAAUCAGGGCUUCAAAGUGAUGUAUUUGUCGUAACUUAUUGAGUUAUUCAGCGAUUGUUGGUUCCACACUCUUUUGCGCCGCCCUGUAAUGUAUUUUUUCCAUUAACAUACAGCUUAAUAAUCUUAACAUACCUGCAGUUAAAUAUCUGUAUAAACGGACAAUCGAAACAAUUCCAAAACGUCGUCUCAACCGGUAGCCUCUACUAAAAAGGAUCAGAAUGGGGCACCGAAACAAUCUUUGAGGAGGGCUUCUCGAGUCUCAGAGAUCGAUGAAGCCGGCCCCUCAACGCCGACUUCGCCCGGCUCUUCUUCCGCCUCAACAUCUCGCAGGGGAUCGGGGGUUCGAUCGACCAGAUAUGAGACAGUCGAUGGCCACACAAUCCUUCCCGAUGGCCGGAAAUUGUCUCAUAUCCAUUCCUUUAUUCUAAGCAAAUUGCCCGGAGGAGAGGCCAAGGAGAAGUUUUUGCGGGAAUUAAUCGACUUCGACACUCGACAGGGUGCUGAGAACGGUGUCGUUGGCCCUCAGAAGUUUGCUCUUCGAAAAACCAGUACAGCGGUUAGUGGGUCUUUUUUGUUGAAUUAACGGGGGGUGGGGGGCGUAUGAGGCCAAACAUUUGCCUGACGCAAUUCAGCGGAGAUUGAGAUGACCUCAUGAACUGCUGUGUGAUGUGUUGCUUCUUAUGAUUGGUAGGGAUCACGAGGACUGUGUGUCAGUAAUUGACCUGGGGAGAUUCAAUUUCAUAUAACAAUUGAAGUUGGAGAUCUUUGUUUGUUUUUUUUCUGCUUCCAAGUACAUCAACAGGGAUGGAGCGGGUGAAAUUAAAACUGAGACUUAAAACUAGAUGCCGUAAUUCGAUGAACUGGGACAUAGGGUCUGAUUAGAACGGGCGAUUAUUUGUUUGUAGUGGUUUUUUAUGAACACCGGGGUCAUGGUGUCACUUAGUCUGCGGUCCUUGACUUGAGGGUUGCAAGCAGAGAACAUUGGUAAGCCCCCGCGCAAUCCUCCUUCAUCUCGAUCUCUCGGGAUUUUGAAGACGUUUCCAGUCAUAUCCCCGGCUUACAUAAGAAUUACCCGUCCGUUCCGAAUUCUUGAAUUAAUUUAUUGACAAACAGCCGCUCUGGCCCUUAAUGAUAUUUUAGCAACUGUUUAAAAAGAUCUCCUAUCCUUAAUUUGUUUUGAUUUUGUUUUUUUUUCGAGUUUCCAGUCCACUUCUCUGCUUGAGUUUCUUCCAACUUAUCCUACUAUGUACUAAUAAUAAUGGUGUUUGGAAGUAAAAGGUCAAAGAAAAAACUGGAUGAGGUGUUUAUUUUUAGAUUAGCUGUUCAAAGUUCCUUAGAGUUGAGAGUAGCAUUUUGAAAGUUUUUUUUGGUUUAAUCUUUUUUAAGUCACAAUACCAUGAUGAUUUUUAGGGGUUUCGAAUGCUUCUCUUACUUCCUCUUACCUCUUUUAGGUUGGAGAUGAACUUCCGGAAUCUGGACUUAAGAUCAGCGCCGAAAGACGGAGGGAAUUACUAAAAUUCUCUGGCCAAAACUCACAAGCUGACGGUGAUUCUGAUGAUGAAGUUACAGAAUCGAUCUCAGAAUUGCCUUCUUUCUCCAAGAAAAGUGGGGGAACCGUCCCUGGAACACCCACUCAGGUUCGAGAGAUGUCGAGGAUAAAAUAACUCAGAUGUAUGCCGUGUCUAACAGUGUUGAACUAUCAUUCUGUUCGUUUUUACCAUGUCCUGUUUAUCCUGUUCAAGUCAAGUGUUUCUUUUAGAGUUCCAAGUCGUCCAUGUCCAUGUCUUCUACGGUGAGUCUAAUGUUGAAUUUUAAAUGUGUCAUUAGAAGAUAAAUGGCGACGGGAAUGAGCCGAAGAAGAAAGUGGUGAAGAGAAGAGUGGUCAAGAAGAAGGAGGCGACGACAGCAGAGGCAACCAGCUCUUCUGCUGAGGCAAAACCUCCCAAGAAGGUUGUGUUUCCGUUUGAAUUUAUGUCAGAGUGAACAUUCAUCCUUAAAUGUAACUUAUCUUUAUCCUAAUUGCAGGAAAAUGGAAUGCCAUUCUUGCAAGUUGGUCGGAAAGACAGUACUGGGCUCGAUGACAGGGUUAGUUAAUGUCUAAACAAUAUUUUUUGCCUUGCUGAGUCCAUAUCCUUACUUGUAAACCUGUUCUCCCCUCAUUACCUUUAUGUCCUGGAAUGUUUUUUUCCCAUUCGAUGGAUUAUGACGUCCAAAAAUUUUUUAGAAUUCCAAAAAAACUCUUCAAGGGCAACAAGUCGGGAAAAAAGCAACAACUGAGCGGAAGCCUUCGGGCACUGACUUGCGAAAAUCUUCGACAGGGGUGUCCCGGGUACUUUUUUCUGUCUUUUAUACUGUCUAGAUGCCUCCCAAUUCCUGCAUUUAACUCUUACAAAAGUAUUGUUUUUUAGCGAAGAAGUAGUGUCGAUAUGCGAAGGGAAUCAUUGGCCGAAAUCUUGGACAAACCGAGCACUCCGUUAAAACCAAUUGGAGGUGAGGGAACACCGGCUAGAAUUUUAGAGAUCCCGGAAUCUGUUACCGUUGUUGAAAGUAAGUGUGAUGCGGUAAGAUCUAAUAUUCAGAUGAAACGGCAAUCCUCAAGUGCCGGAUCGAAGGUAAUCCAGCGCCUACAGUGGUGUGGAAGAAAGGAAAUCGCGAGAUCCCCAGUGCCGGACGAUCAAAACAUCUUACGGAUGGAGAUCUCGGCCAGGUGUCGCUGGUAAUCGGAAAAUGUAAACCCCCGGAUGAGGGAGAUUACACUCUCAUUGUUCGGAAUACUCAUGGUGCUGAUUCUGUCGAUGCCAAACUUCUCGUUACUUCUGAGUCCGGACUUGACUUCAGGGCUAUGCUCAAACGACGGUUGGUUUUGGAGUUACAUUAUAAAUAUUGCAAAAAAUAUUAACUCAAAAAUUAUUUUUUAGAGGAACAAAUGUACAAGAUAAAUCAGAAGCUGACGAUAAGCCGAAAAGCGAAGCCGAAAGGCGUCAGUCGUUGUUCCCCGGAAAGAAACCGGAGAAAUGGGAGACCCCGUUGCCAACCACCACCAAGUUCCAACAACAAGUUGACAAGAUUGCUGAACUCAAAUGUGUUUAUUCAAGACCAAAUGCAAAAAUCCGUUGGUAUAAAGACAACAAAGAGGUCUUCUCAGGAGGUCUCAAAUACAGAAUACUUAUUGACAAGGCCAACAUUACGUUGGUCAUCAACAAUCCAGACGUAGAUGACAGUGGAAAGUAUACGUGCGAGGCAAAUGGAAUCAAAACAAACUCACAAGUCACUGUUGAAGGUGAGAAUCAUUCUGAAUUUGGUACUAAUUUCAAAAUUUUAGAGCCUCCAAUUAAGUACGUAUUCUUGAAUCCCCUACCCAACACCCAGGAAAUCUACCGAACCAAACAAGCGGCCCUUACUUGUAAGGUAAACAGCGCCAGAGCCCCAUUAGUAUGGUAUAGAAAUGGAGAGCCGAUCAAGGAAGAUGACAAAAGAUAUAAGAUAGAGAAAGAUGCCGUCGGUCGCUUCACUAUCACAAUCAAGAAGGUCGAGCAGGAAGAUCAAGGUCAAUGGUUGGCCAAGAUCAGCGACGAAGUUCUUUCCAAGUGCCAAGUUUAUGUUGAAGAACCCAGGGAAACAUUUGUCGUUCCAUUGAAAUCCCAAAGAGCCAAUGAGAAGGAAGAUGCGGCUUUCGAAUGUGAUGUUAAUGACAAAGAAGCGAAGGUUGAAUGGUGGCAUGAUGGAAUUAAGAUUACAAUUGACGGAAAAAGAUUUAAAACUGAGAGCCACAACCGAAAACGGCGUUUAUUCAUCAAAGGAUGCCGGAUCGAAGACCAUGGUGAAUACAAAUGUACAACUAAAGAUGAUAAGACUAUGGCGCAGCUGAUUGUGGAAGGUAAGGUGCAAUGAAUAUGGUGUAGCUAUGUGGUUUUAGCGCUGAACAAGUUCAUUACUCCCUUGACAGAUGCUGAGGUCAUAGAACGGGACGACGUUGAAUUGAAAUGUGAGACCAAAGACACAAAGACACCAGGUAUCUGGUCACGGAAUGGUCGGAUGAUCAGUUCCAUGCCUGGAGGAAAGUUCGAAACUCAAUCAAGGUCUGGCCAACAUUCCAUGAAAAUCUCCAAAAUUGAGAUGAAUGAAGCCGACAUAUACGAGAUUGAUGUCGGCGGCAUGAAGGGAUCUUGCCGGGUUACUGUACUUGAAGCUGAAAAGAAGCCGGUUAUCAAUUGGAAGCAACAAAAGAUUGAAUGUGAAGCCGGAAAGGAGAAGAAAAUCAAAAUUCCCUUUUCGGUUAAGGGAACAAGACGCGGAGAUCCAAAACCCGUCCUAUUGCGCAAUGGAAAACCCGUGGAUUUGAAGAAACUCAAAGGUCAAGUUGAAGUGGUAAUCAAUGGUGAUGUUGCUGAGAUCAUCUUCAAAGACCCCAAGCAGGCGGAUGCGGGAAAAUGGACUCUUGAGUUAACUAAUUCUGGAGGUUCGGCCAUUGCUCCAUUUGAAUUGUCGGUCAAGGAUGUCCCUAAGCAACCCAAGGGUCCUUUGGAAACAACUGAUGUCACUGCUGAAAGUUGCAAACUGAAAUGGAAACCGGCUGAUCCUGAUGAGAACUGCCCGACCCGUGGUUAUGUGGUUGAAGUUCAAGAAGGACGUUCAGGUCAAUGGAAGAAGAUCGGCGAUACCAAAGUCACCGAGUUCCAAGUGCGAGAUCUGAAAGAACAUGGAGAAUAUAAAUUCAGAGUGAAAGCCGUCAAUGAAAUCGGAGAAUCUGAUCCUUUGACUGGAGAGACUAUUCUGGCCAAAAAUCCUUACAGUAAGUUCCGUUUUUGGAUUUAAAUGGCUUGUUUUAGAUGUACCUGGAAAGCCUCGGGCCAUGGAAGCCACAGAUAUCAGCGCGGACAGUCUUACUCUCCAAUGGAAGCCUCCAGAGGAUGAUGGAGGGGCUCCCGUUGAGAGUUAUAUCGUUGAGCGAAGAGAUAAAUCUGAUAAGGAAUGGAACGUUGUUGGCCAGGUCCCGGCAGAAGGAAGCGGUCCUCAACAGAUUGUAGAUGACAAAGUUGUGGAAGGAAAGGAAUACUAUUACAGAGUGAAGGCUGUUAACAAGGCUGGGCCUGGAGAUCCGUGCGAUCAUGGGCGCUCACACAAGAUUAAGGCCAAGCCUAGUAAGUAUAAUUUAGCUGAACUAUACAUUCAAUUAAGGUGAACCAAGAUUCACCCAAGGUGGAAUCAAAGAUCAAAGACUCAAAGUUGGUGAGACUAUCAAGUAUGAAGUCCCCAUCGCUGGAGAACCUCUUCCUACUGUAUCUUGGACCGUUAAUGGAAAACCAUUAAAAGCACAAGGGCGUGUGAAGAUAACUACGGAGAAAGGAAAAACUAUUUUGAAAAUCGAAAAUGCCGAACGGGGAGAUUCGGGUCAAUUUACUAUCACACUCAAGAAUCCCAGUGGACAAUGCGAUUCGUCUGCCAAGGUUACUGUAGUUGGUCGUCCGAGUGCUCCCAAAGGGCCACUGGGGAUUACUGAUAUCAACGCAGAAGGAGCAACCAUCUCUUGGAAUCCUCCAGAUGAUGAUGGAGGAGAACCUCUUGAGGAAUAUGUCGUUGAAGCUCAGGAUGUGGAUGAGAAGGGAAAGUUUGUGGUUGUUGGCAAAGUCCCUGCUGGAACGACAGAACUUAAAGUGAAAGGACUCAAAGACAAAGGAAACUACAAGUUCAGGGUGAAGGCCGUCAACAAGGAAGGAGAAUCCGAUCCUCUGCAGUCAGACAAACAUGUGCAGAUCAAGGAUCCAUGGGAUCCUCCAGGAAAACCAGGUCGUCCUCAUGUUACCGAUGUUGAUUCCAAUCAAGUCAGUUUGGAAUGGGAUCCACCACAAAAAGACGGAGGAGCUCCAGUCGAUGAAUAUAUAAUUGAGGUCAGAGAUCCCCUCACUAAAGAUUGGAAUAAAAUUGCAACUUCCAAGACGCCCAAUGCCACCAUUACCGGACUUACGGAAGGAAAAGAUUACCAGUUCCGAGUGAAGGCAGUUAACAAGGCCGGACCAGGCCAGCCCAGCGAGCCUUGUGAAAAGGUUCGGACCGAGCCCAAAUACGGUAUGUGGAUUAUAUUUAUGUCUACUUUUUUAUAUUGGCAAUCCUAACCAUACAUUUUUAGUACCCGCUUGGUUGAAUCACGAUGACAUAAAGAGUAUUGUUGUGAAGGCCGGACAAACUGCACGAUGGAAUGUGAAGAUCGGAGGUCGUCCACCUCCAGAAGUCAAGUGGUUCAAGAAUGACCAACAACUUGAGCUCACUGCGACCUUACAGAUCGAUACGAAAAAGAAUGAACACACCAUUCUCUGCAUUCCUUCAACAGUCAGAGGUGACCGAGGAAAAUACAAACUUGAGGUGAAGAAUUCUCAUGGUCAAGAUACAGAAUCGGCCGAUUUGAAUGUCUUGGACCGACCAUCGAAGCCACGAGGUCCGUUAGAAGUGUCGAAUGUAGUUGAAGAUGGAUGUGAUCUCUCAUGGAAGCCUCCAGAAGAUGAUGGGGGCGAACCCAUCGAGUUCUAUGAGGUCGAGAAAUUGGACACUGAGACUGGCAAAUGGGUCCCUUGUGCUAAAGUGAAGGAUACAAAUGCCCAGAUCAAGGGUCUCAAGAAGGGGCAGCAGUAUCAGUUCAGAGUUAAGGCCGUUAAUAAGGAAGGAGCUUCCGACCCGUUAGUUACAGAGAACGCCACCACAGCCAAGAAUCCCUAUGAUGAACCUAGUAAAUGCGGGGCUCCAGAUAUUGUGGACUGGGACACCGAUCACAUGGACUUAGAAUGGGAUCCACCAGCCAACGUAAGCAUGAAAUGGUUUUGUAAAACACAAUAUAUUUAGGACGGUGGUGCUCCAAUCGAGAAUUAUAUAAUCGAAAAGAAAGGAAAACACGACAGAGAUUGGAAGGAAUGUGCUAAAGUUGGGCCGGAGACUAAAGGAACUGUCCAUGGUCUAAAGGAAGGUGAAGAAUAUCAAUUCCGGGUUAGGGCCGUGAACAAAGCUGGCCCCGGAGAACCAUCAGAUCCCAGCAGAAAGCAGGUGGCCAAGGCAAGAAACUGUAAGUUGUUGGGGUUGAUAUCCGAGGUAGAUUUAGUGAGUCCAAAGAUCGAUAGAUCGGCAAUGAAAGAGGUGACCAUCAAGGUUGGCCAAAACUUUGAGUUCAACGUCCCCGUCCAAGGAGAACCUCCACCGACUUAUGUGUGGACUUUCAACGACAAGGAACUCAAGACUGAAGACAAAAUCAGAAUUGUUAACGAGGAUUAUAAGACUUCAUUUACACUCAGAAAUGCAACCCGCGAACAUGAUGGUAAAUACGUCCUCACAGCUACCAACCAGAAUGGAGUGGAUACUAAUGGGGUCAUCGUUCAUGUCCUUGGCAAGCCCACACCACCAGGAGGACCAUUGGAAGUCACCGAUGUAUUCGAAGACAACGUUACACUUGGCUGGAAACCUCCAGAGGACGACGGAGGAGUGCCCAUUGACUCAUACGAGGUUGAGAAAAUGGAUCUGGCUACAGGAAGAUGGGUACCUUGUGGUCGAGUUGAUGGAAAUCAGACUUCGAUCAAAGUGGGAAGUCUCCAGGCUGGUCAUCAAUAUCAAUUCCGUGUCCGUGCUGUCAACAAAGAAGGAGAGUCUGAUCCCCUCACAACCAAGGAUCCCACCCUCGCCAAGAAUCCUUAUGAUGCCCCGGGCAAGAUGGACAAGCCUGAUGUUGUUGAUUGGGACAAAGAUCAUGUAGAUCUCGAGUGGAAACCACCAGCCAGUGAUGGAGGGGCUCCAAUAGAGGAGUAUGUAAUUGAAAAGGUCAGUUUGUUUAUCCACUCUGACUUGAAUCUGGGGUUAUUUGUUGUUUCAGAAAGACAGCGGUGGUCGUUGGGUUGAAGCUGAAAGGGUUCCAGUCGGUACCACAAAAGCAACUGUUGGUGGUCUGACCCCUGGAGAGGAAUAUCAAUUCAGAAUUGCAGCCAAGAACAAGGGCGGCAUUGGUGAAUUCUCAGAUCCGUCUAAUAGCGUUAUUGCCAAACCCAGGAAUCGUAAGCUUGAGGGUAUAAUUUACUUAGACUUUGUUUAGUUGCUCCGCAUAUUCACCGAGAAGAUCUUGAGGAUACUGUAAUCAAGGUGGGAGGUCAAGUGAAAUUCAAUGUCAACAUUGAUGGUGAGCCAGCUCCGUCUGUAACGUGGACUUUCAACGGAAAUACUCCUGAAGGUGUAGACAUUGAUGACGUCGAUUACCUUUCCAAAUUUGUUCUUGGAAAAGCGACUAGAAAACAAACCGGGUCUUAUACAAUUACUGCUACCAACGUGAACGGAACUGACUCCGUAACUGUGAAGAUUACUGUAAAAGGCCGUCCGUCGAAGCCAAGGGGACCCAUCAAAGUGUCUGAUGUCCAUGCCGAUCAUAUGAAUUUGGCCUGGGAACCUCCAGAAGAUGAUGGGGGAGAACCCAUCGAUCAUUAUGAAAUCGAGAGAAUGGACACAAGAGACGGAAUCUGGCUUCCGGUGGGUAAAUCAAAUGACACCAACUUCGUGGCGGAUGGAUUAAACAAGGGAUCCCACUAUCAGUUCAGAGUCAGGGCUGUCAAUACCGAAGGAAAAUCGGAUCCUUUGGAGACAGAGGAAGCCAUCGAGGCCAAGAAUCCAUUUGAAAGACCAGACAAACCAGGAGCUCCAGAACCAACGGAUUGGGACUCUGAUCACGUCGAUCUGAAAUGGGAGCCUCCAGCCAGUGAUGGUGGAGCCCCGAUUGAAGAGUAUCAGAUAGAAAAGAGAACUAAGUACGGCCGAUGGGAGCCUGCCAUCAGUGUCCCCGGUGAUGUUACCAAUGCGACCGUACCUGAUCUCACUGCUGGAGAGGAAUAUGAAUUCAGAGUUGUGGCAGUGAAUAAAGGAGGACCAUCAGACCCAUCUGAUCCAUGCAGACCUAUCAUUGCUAAGCCAAGGAAUUGUAAGUAGAGUGUAAUAAUUGGUAAUCGCUUUUCAGUGGCUCCCAAGAUUGAACCAUUGGAAGAUGUUGUCUUAAAGGCUGGUCAGAUGAUUGCUUUCGACACUGAUGUUCAUGGAGAACCCCCAGCUGAAGUCACCUGGUUCUAUCCAAACGGAGCAGAAAUCCAUUCCGGCGGCCGAGUGAAACUCGAGAAUACAGACUAUCACACCAAACUCCAGAUUCGUGGAACAGAAAGAGACAAUAGCGGGACAUACACAGUGAAGGCUUCUAACGUCAAUGGAAGUGACUCGGUCACCGUCAAGGUUACGAUUGUUGGGAAGCCUUCAGCUCCCGAAGGCCCGUUGAAUGUGACGGAUAUUCAUGCGGACCGUGUUACUCUCGAUUGGAAACCUCCCGCAGAUGACGGUGGUAUUCCUCUUGAGGGAUACAAUAUUGAGAAGUUCGAUACCUCAACAGGAAGAUGGGUCCCUGCUGGAAAAGUUGGACCUGACGAAACCAAAGCCACAGUCGAGGGACUCAUUCAAGGACAUGAAUAUAAAUUCAGAGUAUCCGCGGUUAAUGCUGAAGGAGAGUCAGAGCCUCUUGAGACAGAAAACAAGAUUACGGCCAAGGAACCAUGGGAUCCACCAGGAAAAACUGGAAAACCCGAGGUCACGGAUUGGGACAAGGAUCAUGCCGAUCUCAAAUGGACCCCUCCAACUGAUGAUGGAGGUGCUCCAGUAGAGGAAUAUAUUGUUGAAAUGAAAGAGAAGUUCUCCCCGAACUGGAAGCCUGUUCUCACCGUUCCGGCCGAUCAGACAACAGCUACUGUCGAUGGAUUGACUGAAGGAGAUCAAUAUGAAUUCAGAAUUGUUGCCAAGAAUAAGGCCGGGAAAGGCCAACCAUCCGAUCCUUCUGAUAUGAUUACCGCCAAGGCCAGAAAUGUUCCACCUCUGAUCGAUAGAAACUCGAUUCAGGAGAUCAGAAUCCGAGCAGGCCAAAAUGUUCACUUGGAUAUUCCCGUCAGUGGAGAGUCGCCGCCCACAAUCCAAUGGGACUUCGAGGGAAAACCAAUUACGGAUGAUGAGAGAAUUAAGGUCAACAAUGAAGAAGACAAUCGAACAAAGUUUACGAUCAAGCGUGCUUUGAGAAGCGACACCGGUACCUACAACAUCGUCGCCAAAAAUGACAGCGGAACAGAUCGUGCUGAAGUCAACGUGAUUGUUCUUGACCGGCCCGGUGAUCCUCGAGGACCUUUGAAUAUAACUGGUGUUUACAAGAAUGGAUGCAAUCUUGACUGGAAACCGCCAGAAGAUGAUGGAGGGGCUGACAUAACCCAUUACGUCGUUGAGAAGCAAGAUGCCUCAACCGGGCGAUGGACUGUUUGCGGCGAACCUGCCGAUACCAAGUUUGAGGUUACCGAUCUGACCCCUGGCCAUGAAUACAAAUUCAGAGUAAAGGCUGUAAACAGAUAUGGAGAGUCGGAUCCAUUAGAUGCCCUUAAAUCAAUCAUCGCCAAAGAUCCAUUCGACACCGCCGAUAGACCAGGUACCCCAGACAUUGUUGAUUGGGAUAAGGACCAUGCUGACCUGCAAUGGACACCACCUCAAGAUGAUGGCGGAGCCCCAGUCGAGACCUAUGUUAUCGAGAAGAAGAUGGGAAACGGAGAUUGGGAGUACGCUACAGAAGUCCCUGCCGAUAAGACCAACGCUACCGUCGACGGUCUCAUUGAAGGAAAACAAUAUCAAUUCAGAGUGAAAGCCGUCAACAAGGCUGGCGAAUCUGCACCAUCUGAUCCUAGUAGAACAUUGUUGGCCAAGUCCAGAAGAGUCCCGCCAAAAAUUGAUAGAACAAUGUUGGGAGAUUUAAAGGUCAAAAAGGAUGCUUUUGUCGACUUCAAUGUGAAUGUCGAAGGGGAACCUGCCCCCAAGAUCCAGUGGUUCAUCAACGAUGUUCUCCUUUCUACCGCUGAUCGCGUUAAAGUCGAUAAUUCUUUGGAUAAUAACACCAAACUGAAGAUUCGGGCCGCCGAGAGAGGCGACAGUGGAGUUUACAAGAUCGUGGCCACAAAUGAUCACGGAAAAGACGUAGCCGAAGUUAAUGUCGUCAUCUUGGAUGUACCAGGGCAACCUCGGGCCAUCAAUGCCAACGAUGUUACUAAGGAAAGUGCCACUUUAACUUGGCAUGCUCCAACUGAUGAUGGGGGAUCUCCGAUUUCUCAUUACGUUCUAGAAAAACAAGAAGAUGGUGGGCGUUGGGUCCCGGUAAGUCGAUUAAAAUAAUGAUUAAUAUAUAUUCAAUUAGUGCGGUGAAACUCCUGAUACCCAGUUGCGAGUGAAUCGACUAAAUGAAGGUCAUGAAUACAAGUUCCGAGUGAAGGCAGUUAAUCGACAAGGAGAGUCAAAACCGGUGGAAACAGAUACACCGAUCAUUGCCAAGAAUCCCUGGACCGAGCCUGGAAAACCGCAGGAUGUUCAAGUGGUUGAUUGGGACAAGGAUCAUAUGGAUUUGGAAUGGAAACCACCAAUCAACGAUGGAGGAGCACCAAUCCAAGAAUACAUUAUUGAGAAGAAGGACAAAUUCGGAGACUGGACACCUUGCGCAACAGUCCCUGGAAACCAAACAAAGGGAACUGCCAGUGGGUUGAUUGCUGGGCAAGAGUAUCAGUUCCGUGUUAAGGCUGUUAACAAAGCCGGGCCGGGAGAACCGUCCGACCCAACCGAUCCCAAAAUUGCCAAGCCAAGAAAAUGUAAGUCCGAUCUUUUUAUAAUCAAUGCAUCUAGUGGCUCCAAAACUAAAUAUUGCCGGACUGAUUGACCAACGUGUCCGGGCUGGUCAACCAAUUCAUCUUGAUAUCACCUUCGAAGGAGAACCGCCACCGACCGUCACCUGGAAGGUUAAUGAAAAGGAGUUGACAACUUCUAGCAGAAUCGAAGUGUUGGCCAAGGAUCAAUUCUCUGAAGUCACCAUUCCAUCAUCUGUCAGGUCCGACACUGGCUCCUACUCCAUCGUCGUCCAAAACGAAUAUGGAAUUGACACUGCCAAGUGUACAGUUACUGUAUUGGAUGUCCCCACUCCACCAGAAGGACCACUGAAACCAAGCAACAUCCAUAAAGAGGGUUGCAAUCUAUCGUGGAGACCACCAGCUGACAAUGGCGGAUCAGAGAUCGUUGCUUAUGUGGUGGAGAAGCUUGAUACUAGUCGAGGAACAUGGCAAGAAGUUGGUCAAUUCCCUGAUUGCGAAGCUAAAGUCACCAAACUUACCCCUAACAGGAACUAUUUGUUCAGGGUAAAGGCUGUAAAUCUUCUAGGGGAAUCUAAGCCUUUAGAGAGUACUGAUGAAAUCACUGCCAAAAAUCAAUUCGGUACGUGAAUGUUUAAAUUAAGGUUUUUAGAGUAUCGAUUAUUACAUGACGUCACUAUUUUCAGAUAUUCCUGACCCACCGUCUGCCCCAGAAAUUGUCGAUUGGGACGAAGGCCGUAUCGAUCUCGCAUGGAAGCCACCAGCCAAUGACGGAGGAGCUCCGAUUAAACAUUACGUCAUCGAGAAGCGUGAAAAGGGAUCUCCCAACUGGCUUAAUUGCGGAAACACUCCUGGAACAUCGAUGUCCGUAACUGGGCUUAAACCUGGAGUUGAAUACGAGUUUCGAGUUACUGCAGUCAACGAUGCCGGGCCUUCCGAUCCAUCUGAUCCUUCUCGGUCCCAGGCAGCCAAAGCAAGAUACCUGAAACCCCGUAUCUUAACCGCCAACAGGAAACAAAAAGUUCGUGCUGGAAAUGCGUUGACUUUGGACAUAGACUUCGUUGGAGCGCCAGAGCCAAGUGUUAAUUGGCAAGUGCAAGGAUUAGGUAGUUUGGCUCCAGAAUUACUGGUUGACAUCAAACUUGGACAUACUUCUAUAUUCUUCCCUUCUACUAAACGUCAACACAGUGGAAGUUAUCAGCUGAAUCUGAAGAAUGAGGUCGGGGAAGAUGAAGGUGUCUUCGAGAUCAUUGUGCAAGAUCGCCCGAGUCCCCCGGUUGGUCCUUUGGUUGUUGAUGAUGUCACCAAAAACUCGUGCACUCUUUCCUGGAGUCCACCUGAAGAUGAUGGAGGUGCUGAGAUCAGCAAUUAUGUAGUUGAGAGACGAGAAAUCCACAGUGGAACAUGGGUGCCAGUCUCCGAUUUUGUUGUGGGAACAUCUUGUACCGUGAACAAGCUGCAUGAAGGACAUGAGUACGAAUUCAGAGUUUCUGCGCAGAAUGUCCUCGGGGUCUCUGAUCCAUUGGUUACUGACAACACCACUAUUGCCAAGGAUGCUUUUGGCACUCCUGGUAAACCAGGAAAGCCAGAAAUUACGGAUCAUGAUGUGGAUCAUAUCGACCUCAAAUGGGAUCCUCCCAGAGAUGACGGAGGAAAGCCAAUCAGUCAUUAUGAUAUUGAAAGAAGAGAUCAGAAAAGUGGUCGGUGGGUGAAGGUCAACACUUCCCCGGUCCAUGGAACUACUUUCUCGGAUACCCGAGUUCAGAAGGAUCAUGGGUAUGAAUACAGAAUCGUCGCAGUUAAUGAUGCUGGUCGAGGUAAACCCUCAGAUCCUUCUGAUAUUGCGUUUGCUAAACCUAAACGAUUAGUGCCAGCCUUUGAAUUGGAUAUUGACGGAAAGGAAGUCAGGGUCAGAGCCGGCGAGCCCCUCGAUCUCAACAUUCCAUAUGUUGGGGCUCCUCAGCCUGAGAUUACUUGGACCCGUGAAGGACAGACGGUUGCUGGAGUUAACACAACCUCCGAUUUCACACGUCUUUAUAUCUCCGAGAGCAAGCGAUCCGAUACUGGCCAAUUCAAGAUUGAAGCUGUGAACUCUGAAGGCAGAGCUGAGGCCCGUGUCUUCAUCAAUGUAAUUGAUCGGCCUGGACCUCCAGAAGGACCUGUUACAUAUCCAGCAACUACAAGAAGAACCGUCACGGUUGCCUGGAAGCCACCGAAGGAUGAUGGUGGAGCUGAAAUCAUCGGAUACAGAAUCGAAUAUCAGGAAGUUGGAUCAGCGAUUUGGGAAAAGGUUUCCGAAAGUACCACUCUACUCUUCCACACAGUCAGGAACCUUGAGAACGGAAAACAAUACAAGUUCAGGAUCUUCGCUGAGAAUGUUGUUGGUCUGAGUACUCCUCUGAAUGGCGAUCCAGUUACAGCCAAGGAUCCGUUUAACCCUCCAGGUGCUCCAUCAACUCCAGAAGUCACUGGGUACGACACCAACAUGGUCGCCCUCAAAUGGAAUCCUCCCAGAGAUGAUGGAGGAGCUCCAAUUCUUGGGUAUGUUGUCGAGAGAUUUGAGAAGAAGGGAGGCGGUGAUUGGGCCCCUGUUCCCGGAAUGCCCAUGGUCAGACUCACUUCCUGUAAUGUUACUGGACUGGCGGACGGAGAGACCUAUCAGUUCCGUGUAAGAGCCGUGAAUGCUGCCGGAGAAGGAGCUCCCAGUGGAGGAUGUGAUCCUGUGACAUGUCGACCAUUUGUAGAACCUCCAGAUGCCCCUGAUCAACCACGAGUCAUGAAGGUGACGAAGAACACAGUGGGUCUAAGCUGGAAUCGACCAAUUAAUGAUGGUGGAGCUCCUAUUGAGGGUUAUAUUGUCGAAGCAAGAAAGGUUGGAGAAUCAGAUUGGAGUCGACCAAAUGGAGGAAAAUUGGUCAGAGGAACACUGUUUACUGUCGAGGAUCUUACCGAGAAAACCGAUUACGAAUUCAGAGUCAUCGCCGUCAACAAAGCAGGCGAAUCUGAUCCUUCCAGGCCAUCGGACUCCGUCUACACACAAGAUCAACCCAGCCGGCCCCUUCUGGAUCUCUCUGGCUUGAAGGACAUCACUGUCCGGGCUGGAGAAACCAUUACUUUUACCAUCCCUUACACUGCCGGAAGUGCCAAGCCUACAGUUGAUGCCUUCAACGCCGGCAAGCCAAUCUUUGAAGACGAUCGAACUACAAUCGAAGUCCAAGAUGAUAAGAUUAUAUUCACGACUGUCAACUCCAGACGCUCUGAUGCUGGGCCGUAUAAAUUGGUGGUCGAAAACAGAUUCGGAAAAGACUUUGCCAAACUUAAAGUCAACGUCCUCGAUGUCCCUGGAAAACCUCAAGGACCUCUUUCAUACUCGGACAUCUCUGGGGAAGAAAUCACAAUGCUUUGGAGCCGGCCAUUAGACGAUGGAGGAGCCCCAGUCACCAAUUAUGUAAUCGAAAAGAAGAAUCCCCGCACUGGAGAAUGGGAACGUAUUGGAACGUCCACUGGUACCAACUUCAGAGCUCGCAAUCUCGUUAACGGAUCCUCUUACGAGUUCCGUGUCAGAGCUGAAAACCAAUACGGAGUUGGAGAACCACUAGAAGCCGAUCAUCCCGUCACUGCCAAGAAUCCAUUCGAUCCCCCAGGACCUCCAGGACAACCGGAGCCAGUUCAAACCUCAGACGAAGCGAUUACUCUGCAAUGGACUCGACCUCUCACAGAUGGUGGAGCUCCGAUCACUGGAUAUGUUCUCGAGAAACGACUCUAUGGAAGCAAUGAGCGAUGGGAGAAGGUUACCUUUGGAAACAUUACAGAUACCAGAUAUCGUGUGACUGGUCUCAUUCCUCAAAAGACCUACGAAUUCCGAGUUGCUGGUGUCAAUGCCGCUGGUCAAGGAGAAUACAGCGAGAACUCUGUUCCCAUUGUUGCCGCGAAAGCUGCUUCUAAACCCAACAUCAACAUGGGAAUGUUGGCCAGAGAUCUUACCGUAUUGGCCGGAGAACCCGCAAAUCUUUUGGUGCCAUUCGCUGCUAGUCCAAGACCCGAGAUUAGCUGGACGAAGAAUGGAAUCCCUGUGGAUGAAAAGAACAGCCGGCUGAUUGUAGAAUCCAAUGACUACAUGACACAAUUGACUUACAAGAAGUCAGAAAGAGGUGAUUCCGGUACUUAUACCAUCCGGUUGGAAAACGAUGUUGGCUCUGAUAGCAUCGAUAUCAGAUUCAAAGUCGUUGAUCGCCCGGCCCCGCCUGAGGGCCCUCUUGAAGCUGACGAUAUUUCCCCUGAUUCGUGCCGAUUGGUAUGGAAAGAGCCUAAAGAUGAUGGAGGAUCUCCAAUCACCAAUUACAUCGUGGAGAAGCUGCAUGUCCGAGGAGGCAAUGAGACUUGGGAGAAGGCUUCGUCGUUUGUUAGGGACACCAAGUGUUUGAUUGCCGAUCUGGUUGAGAAUGAGCGUUACAGGUUCAGAGUCCGUGCCGAGAAUCAGUAUGGCAUUUCUGAACCCCUGGAGAUGACUGACCCAGUCGUCGCCAAGUACCAAUUCAAUGUUCCCAGCCAACCAGAACCUCCAGUUUGCCGAGAAACCGACAGAAACUGGGCGGAAUUGGAAUGGGAUCCACCAGAGUCGAAUGGCGGUUCCAAGAUCUUGGGAUACAACCUUCAAUACCGAGACGCCCAUUCCUACAAAUGGGUGACCGCCAACAAAGAACUCAUCACAGACACUCACUUUAGAGCUUCGAAUCUCCGGGAUCUUGGAGAGUAUGAAUUCAGAGUGGUGGCAAAGAACGCAGCCGGAUGGAGUAAGCCCUCAGGGCCUUCUGGUCGCGUCCAACUCAGGGAAAGACAUGGACCUCCCGGCCCUCCAAUCCAAGUCCACGCUGAUUCCAUUGGUCCUAAUUAUGUCACCAUUACUUGGCAGGCCCCGGCGGACAACGGCGGAUCGAAGAUUAGUGGUUAUGCCGUUGAGAAACGAGAAGUCGGGUCUAAUGUCUGGGAAAUGGUCAACGACUACAAUGUUGUCAACCCGGAAUUCACCGUGCCCAACCUCAAGGAGUACCAUGACUAUGAAUUCCGGACAAUUGCCAUCAACUCUUAUGGUCGCGGUCCUCCAUCUUUACCAUCAGCUCCUAUCAAGAUUCAAGAAUUGGCUGGAUCCAAGCCGCAGAUUGUUGUCAAACCAUCGGAUACCGCCAGCCCGUACAAUAAGAGAGCCGUCUUCUCUUGUGAAGCUAUUGGACGGCCAGUUCCAACUGCCCGAUGGCUAAAGAACGGCCGCGAAGUUCCAGAAGGACCGCGUUAUCGCACCGAAUUCCUGGAUGGAGUUUACCGUCUGAUUAUUCGAGAAGUAUGGGAUAUUGAUGCUGGAGAUUACACUUGUGAACUGAGCAAUGUAUUUGGAACUGCGUCUGCAACUGCUACACUGAAGGUCCAGGCACCACCUGUCAUCGAGAAACAAGUUCCGAACGCUGUUUACCCUGAGGGUGAUAUGGUCAGGAUCAAGAUUUAUUUCAGCGGAUCUCCACCUUUCGAACACACCCUCACUCUGAACGGAAACGACGUCAAUUUGGACGGUCCAUCUAUUCGACUGGUCGAUUUUGAUGACCACGCCUUAAUCACCAUCCCAGAGCUCCAUGCCUACGAGACUGGCAGAUAUGAAUAUUCAGUGAAGAACGAAUCCGGCGAAGACUCCAUCGGAUUCUGGAUCAACGUGACGGGUCUUCCAUCCGCUCCGGAGGGUCCCUUGGUCAUCUCGAAUGUCGAUCAGCACCAAGCCACAGUAAGCUGGAAGCCUCCAAUCAACGAUGGAGGCUCAAGAAUAUCCAAUUAUGUGUUGGAGAAGAGAGAUAUUGCCCGGGAUGAAUGGGUGGUUGUCGCUUCAGCUAUUCGAGAACUUACUUUCAUCGCCGCUGGCCUCUUUGCUGACCAUGAAUACGAAUUCCGGGUAUCCGCGUGUAAUCACAAUGGCCAAGGCCCCCCUCUCGUGUGUGAUGGCCCCAUUGUUGCCCGUCUUCCAUUUGGUCCUCCAAGUCAGCCUAACGAUGCUGCUAUUGUGGAUGUCGGCUCAGAGUUUGCUGUUCUUUCCUGGACUAGAUCCGAAAGAGAUGGUGGAGGAAGAGUGAGAGGAUAUAUGGUCGAGAAGAAAGAGUCCGGAACUGGUAAAGGCUUUAUAAAAUAAUGCAGCUACAGUUGAGGUCGAUACUUUAUAAAAGAAUUUUUUCAGACUUCUGGCAGAAAUGCACUCAAGCCCCGUCUCCGAGCUCCUCCUUGAAUGUCAGCAAUCUUAUCGAAGGCAGGAAAUAUGACUUCAGAGUAUUCGCUGUAAAUGACGCCGGGGUGUCGGAGCCAGCUAUUUUGUAAGUAACGAAAUAAAUUAUGAUUCCUCUUUAGGGAAGGGUAUGAAUUCCGUCCAUCAGCUGGAGGCAAAGGCCCCGAAUUCACGUCCCAGCUUGUAGAUCAAUACGGAGCUGAGAGAGGAAACGUGAAGUUCGAAUGUGAAGUUGAUGCUGAUCCAAAAGCAGAGGUCGUGUGGUUCAAGGGAAGCAAAGAACUUGUGGAUACUGCCAAAUACACAAUCUUGGACAAAGGAAAGACCCAAACUUUGCUCAUUAAUCAUCUCCGACUCGAAGAUGAAGAUGAAUAUACUUGCAAGGCCACCAACUCCAUGGGGUCCAGGAUUACUCGAGCUCAACUAAAAUUAAGCUGUGAGUAAAGAGGAGCGUAAAAUUACUCGUAUUUUAGCGAAACCAAGACUCUUUGUUCCUCCCAAAUAUCAUCUUGGAGUAGAAGCCGAAUCCGGAAAUAAUCUUGAACUGGUGAUCCCAUACAAAUCAUAUCCGAAGCCGAAUGCCACAUGGAUUAAGGACAACAACAACAAGUUGGAUAAUGGUGGAAAGUAUUCCAUCAAUGUGGAUGACAGGUAACCAGAGGUCGAUUUCUAAAAUUUUCUUCAGGAAUGUCACCUUGAGGAUUUCCAAUGUCGACCGGUCAGAUGCGGGAGAAUACGCAGUUACUUUGCAUAAUCCCGUCGGUUCUGAUCAUGGAGAAGUCAAGGUGACCAUUGCGGAUAAACCAGAACCCCCACGGUUCCCAGCUAUCGAAAAUGUUCUGGAUGAAGCCGUAAUUCUCUCCUGGAAACCACCAAUGCUCGACGGAGGAGCUCUCGUCACUCGGUAAAACACUUGUAUUAUAAAUACUUGUAAUACUCGUAUUUUGUUCAUGUUGGAUCUUUACAGAUACUUUGUUGAGAAAAGAGAAGGUGGAAGUGGAUCGUGGACCGAGUGUGCCCAUUCCAGAUUCACUUAUCUCACCAUCGAAGGCCUCCGUCCUCAACAUAGCUACGAAUUCAGAAUCAAGGCUGAGAAUAAGUAUGGAGUUAGUGAGCCAUGCGAACCAACUGCACCAGUCGAGAUCCCAGUCUCGAGAACCAAACGACGAAACUAUGAUUGUAAGUGCAUUUAUAACGCCAAGCAUAAAAACAUUUAGUGGAUGACACGGGUCGAAUUGUCCGUGGCCAAGGACGAAUCCAAGAGAAUUACGACAAAUACGGUAAGUACCUGAGGACACAUUCUCCGACUUUCACCACGCACAUCUCACUGAGGAGUAUUCAUUUUACCGUAUUCUUCUCCAGUUUCAUUCCGUUUGGUGUUUCUAUUUUUGAGUUUUAACCCGAAUUUCAGUUGGCUCGGUGCUCACCUCGGUGUCAAGUGUUUCCCGCUCAAACUUUGGCUCCUCCCUCUUGGCCCCGCCCUCGUCCUACGAGCUGGCCCGCAAAAGAAGUACCCCGAAUAUCCCGUCUUACUUUUCCCGAUACUAAUCAACCAUUCUUUCCGCUGCUUUUAUUUUCUCCGAUUCUUCUGAAUCCGCCUUCUUUGGUCGACAAUGGAUCGCCAACAAUUAUCGACCGACCGUUUAUGGUGCCUGGCAUGUUCCUGUCACCAAUCACAUCUUCGCCAUUAAAUCUGUUUUUGAACACAUUUGACCUUUGACCCGGUCUAUCACUACUUUUUCUUUUUAUGGGAGACUCGGCUCUGAUAGAAUAACUCCACUCAUUUAAAUUUUUUUGUAAACCCAAAAAAUUUUGUGUUUUUAAUAUCAGAGUGACGAUCCCCGAAGGGUCAAAUCUUUUGUUGUCUCCACUUCUUUCAUCCAUUUAUUCCAAAAUGAAAAUUCUGGAAAUAAACAUAAAACUAUUUAUUGGUUCGAUUUUUUCGCUCCUUUGGCUAAUCAAAGCACGGUGCUCUGUCGUUCCGUCGACGAGCCAUUUCCCGGCCUCUAUCUGUUCUCGUGCUUCUACAGUAACCUUCUUUUAAGUAGACUGUCUCCUUUUACAGUAUUCGAUAUCUGGAAGGGGGAGCCCCCGCAGAGGGUCCAGAUCCAAAGCACCUCCGUUUAUGAUGACUACGAUAUUUUGGAGGAGAUCGGAACGUAAGCAUUAAUGUUAUUGAAUACUAGUUUGUCCUUAGGGGAGCUUUUGGUGUUGUUCAUCGAUGUGUGGAGAAGAAGACCGGACGGACUUUUGCAGCCAAAUUUGUCAGAAUUAACAAUGAAAAAGAGAAGAAUACAGUAAGAAAGGAGGUGGAGGUGAUGUCUGAACUGAGACAUCCAUCCCUCAUCAACCUCCAUGCUGCUUUCGAAGAUGAAAGAGAGACGGUCAUGAUAUACGAAUUGUAAGAUUGCUAACUUUAUGCCAUUCUGAUGACAAUAAUUUCAUUAUUUCCAGCUUAUCUGGUGGAGAAUUAUUUGAAAAAGUGUGUGAUGAAAAGAAUCGGACAACUGAAGCCGAAGCCGCCCACUAUAUCCGUCAGAUCUGCACGGCUCUGCAGCAUAUGCAUAACAUGCAUUAUGUGCACCUUGAUCUGAAGCCAGAGAACGUCAUGUUUGUAACACGUCAGAGCGAUGUCCUAAAAUUGAUCGACUUUGGAUUAACGAGUAAACUGAGUCCAGAUAAACCAGUCAAAGUGACAACAGGUAACGUGAGAAGGGUCUUAAUAACUGUUUAAGGAACCGCCGAAUUCGCGGCCCCUGAGAUCUGCCUCGGGAAACCAGUCAGUUUUACCACUGAUAUGUGGAGUGUGGGAGUGUUGAGUUAUAUUCUUCUGAGUGGACUGUCGCCAUUUUGUGGGGAGAAUGACCAGGAAACACUAGUUAAUGUAAAGAACGGAGAUUGGAACAUGCAAGAUCCCGUAUUUGAUUACAUUUCCAAUGAGGCCAAGGAUUUUAUUUCCCGAUUGUUAAUAAUGAAGCCAGAACAGAGGAUGAAGGUCGAUGAAGCUCUUAGUCAUCCCUGGUUAACUAGAAACACCGGGGGUUCAUUGAAUAUCCCCAAAGAACGACGGAUUUCUUUCCAGAAUACGGUAAAGAAUCGAUAUGUGAGUGUAGUUUCGUUUGAAAAACUGAAUUCAGGACGCUUACCCCGAUCCCAACCCUUCCAUUGGUCGAGUGGCCAACUUUAGUUCUUUGAAGGCUAAUCGCCCUCAAGAAUUCAAGAUUCUGGACACUUCAUUUGACGUCGAGAAAGCGGCUCCAAGAUUUAUUCUGACCCCUCACAGUACUACCUGUACUGAGGGUGAUACGAUUACUUUCUAUUCUCGAGUCUGGUCGGAUACAAUCCCCAUGAUUUCAUGGUUUAAGGGGUCCUUAGAGAUCGAACAGAGUGCCAAAUACAUCAAGCGAUACAAUGGCAAUGAAUAUGCUCUCACAAUUACAAACGCGAGGCCAGAAGAUCGAGGAGAUUACAAGGUCCGAGCGCAGAAUAACAUGGGCUCCGUCGAGUCGAGCUUCCAUCUGACCGUGCAUGCGUCAUUAAGUGGGUUUAAUUAAAUGACUUGUAUUGUUUCGUAGGUUCUCGACCUCCUCUUUUCCAUGAGACUUCUUCAACGCGCCGUCGCAAUCCACCGCCUGAAGUACCGGAAUUCAGUGAAACACAAACUCGUCCUUUCUUCACAUUCCCUCUCCGUCCCCGCCUAAUCCAGAAGAAUCAUGGCUGUAAAUUAAUAUGUACUGUAACCGGAAAUCCCGUGCCCAAAGUCGAAUGGUCAAAGGAUGGACGGCCUUUGGAUUACGACCGAGUCCAGGUCACAUUUAAAAGUGGAGUCUGUUCACUGGAGAUAUUUAAUGCCAAAAUGGAAGAUGCGGGAGUUUAUGUAUGUAGAGCAGUCAACGAUCUGGGUGAUGAGACUACAGUUUGUGAAUUGACCGUCCAAGCGCGAGGAGCUGGACCGUCGAGUAAACUAAUUGUGCCCAGUUUGGAAGUGGAUAGAUCGAGAUCGUCGUCGGAUUUGGCGAGGAAAUUCAGAAUCGCGCCAUCUCCCUCUCUGAGUCGGGUCAACAUGCUCAAUAUACACAGUGGACCGAAGAGAACUUAA